UCUAGUGAAAAAACGCAGUCGCAGCAUUAACUAGCUUAAAAACCUACUCUAAACGAAAUAAUCUUAAACUUAAAAACUAAAUCAAGACAAUGCCAGUGGACCAAGUUGUCAUUUCCUACAUCCGCCAUCGCAACUGGAUGAAUGUCUUGCUGCUCAGAUCGAUGAAUCUGUACAAGGAGGUUCUCGGCGAAGGUCCCACCGAGAAGAUCGAGGUCAGCCCCAAUGGGAUCUGCUGGAGCGAACAGAACUUGGAGUACCGCAUUAUGGUGGAUAAGUUCUUCGAUAUACAGGUCAAAACGGAACAGGACGAGCCGCCCUACAGCCUGGUUGAAGUGCAGAACAACAAUCUGGCCUUUGGCCUUGGUCUCCGUCGGAUUAGGCAUCGUAUGGUGGAGCAACUGACCGUUGACGUGGAGCAGGCGAAUCUAAUCCAGCGUAUUGAGCCAUUGACGCCCUACUCUUUUCACUGCAGCAACUGCGCCAAUGAGCUAAUUGAACGGAGGCAGUACCUCCAAGUAAAAGAGGUCCCAUUGUCGACCAUGAAGCCGCAGAACUACUUCUGUGCCCGCUACAGGACGCCGGUGUAUCCCAAGGAGGACGAGCUCUUCUUCGGCCUCAACUACCUGGUGAUCUCCAUCCAGUUGCUGGGCAACGGGGUCACCAGCACUCAGGGUCGUCGUCGACUGGAGUGCUCCCGCUGCAAGCAGUCCGUGGGCGAGUUUCUGGGCAAGGACGUGGCCGUGCAGCUCUACGCGGAUGCCAUACGUUUGGUGGCUGGGGAUUCCCCCGUGUUCGAGUUCAAGGAGAUCUUCGGCCACGUGACUGCCACCCAAAUGAUGCUGCGCCUGCUGCACGACGCCGACCCCACAAAUCCCGAGAAAACACGCCUAUUCCUCAAGGCCGUUCGUCCGGACGGUCAGCUGCACUACUUGCUACUGCAGGUGGACACCCGAGAGAUGCACAUUCUGCGCUCCGAGCUGGACACUUCCGAGGAAGCUGGACACCUGGAGUCGGCUAAGGCCUUACCCAUGGAGGCCGACACCAGCAGCGAGAGUGAUUUCGAGAUGAGUAUCAGUGAUGUGAGUAGCAGUAGCAUCAGCACCAUCACCUCCAGUCCACAAACAGGCAUUGAAGAGCGUUCACUUUCGAAGCCGAAAACUGCCGAGGGAAUCGCCCCGAAAUCCGUGCGCUAUGUCGAGUUGAGGGGCUAUCGCGGCUGCCGCGUGAAGUUCCUUUUCUCAGGAACCGACCACGAUUUAACAGAGAACAACGAGAUCUUCACGGCGUGGCGCAACGAUGGAUGCCACAUGCUGCGCAUCUCCUACGCGAUGAUGGCAGAGCUGAUCGGCGAACUGCAUGCCAAUGAGAACCUGGUGGCCGUCCUUGAGAUGAUACCGCCACCCUCCAAAUCCGACAAGCCCCGGCUGAGCUACAUAAUCUACGAGAAAGACGAGGAGUUCUAUGCCAGGCAGCAGAAAUUCACCAAGCGGUCCACUUAAGGAUCCUAUUGAAGUUGUAUGUUUUUAAGCCAACGUUACUUCUAAAGCUGUAUCUUGGAUAUGUUAUAAUAAUGGUACCCAAAAAACCUAGUGGAUUAAAUAUUAAAACAAGGGAUUAAAAUGUA